AUUCAGCUUCAGUUUUGAUAUAUCUAUAGAAGACUUUCCACCAUCAACAUUUGUUGAGCUGCUUCGUUGCUCAAGAGGCUUCCUGAACUCCACAGCACUGCUAGGCCGGAGACAUGCAAGCCAUCAAAUGUGUGGUGGUAGGAGAUGGAGCUGUAGGUAAAACUUGUCUCCUGAUCAGCUACACCACCAAUGCAUUUCCAGGAGAAUAUAUUCCUACUGUCUUUGAUAACUAUUCUGCCAAUGUGAUGGUUGAUAGCAAACCUGUAAACCUGGGAUUAUGGGAUACAGCUGGCCAGGAAGAUUAUGACCGCUUGAGGCCUCUCUCCUAUCCACAGACUGAUGUGUUUCUCAUCUGCUUCUCUCUGGUCAGCCCUGCAUCUUACGAAAACGUUCGUGCUAAGUGGUUCCCUGAAGUACGACAUCACUGCCCUAGCACUCCGAUGAUCCUGGUGGGCACAAAGUUGGAUCUCCGGGAUGACAAGGAUACUAUUGAGAAGCUGAAGGAAAAGAAGCUGGCCCCUAUUACAUACCCACAAGGUCUUGCCCUAGCCAAAGAGAUUGAUGCAGUAAAGUACCUUGAAUGUUCAGCACUCACCCAGCGUGGCCUGAAAACAGUGUUUGAUGAGGCCAUUCGAGCAGUUCUCUGUCCACAACCUACAAAGACAAAGAAAAGGAGGUGCAAUAUCCUUUAGGGAAUCUGGAUUCUGGCCCUUCAGCCCACAGACCUUUGAAGAGGGGAUGAAGAAAGAGAACUUUAGAGGCUGCUGGAUUUUUAAUCUUGUUUCACUAUGAAUAGCCCAGUGCUUCCACAACUAGCUAUUUGUUUAAAAAAUCUGAAUGUAUGCAUUACUUUAUUCUUAAUAAGGUGCAUUACAGUAUAAAUUCCUUUCUCUCUCUCUCUCUUUCUCUAGACCUAAUUUGUGGCUACUGCUUAAAAAAAUAAAAUGCAGUCAUGGCAAUAUAUUCAUUAGUAACAGGGAACAUACUAUGAAAACUUUUCAAAAGGGCUUUGUUUUGCGCAUAUAUUCUUUGCAGGUUCAAACAGUUAAUGUCUCCAGUUGAUCUGGGCUAGUGGUUUUUUAAUCAAUAAUUUUCAUUUUCCUCCUGAAUACAUUUCCUAAAUUUCCCCAGUGCUAGUAUGGAUGUGUGUAUGGGGAGUACAUUUUAACUAUUGAUUUUCUCCUCUUUUUUGUUCUUUUUUUUUUCUUUUUUCUUUUGACUGGUAAACUAGUGCUAUAAAUGAACUCUUCCCGUAUUAUACAAAGCAAAGAAAUAUGUAUAAUGUCAGGAAAUGUUUUAGUUCCCAAUGAGAAAUCAAAAUGGUAAUUGAAGGCUUAUACUCAGUAUUAUCCCCAUGCUUUAUUAACAUGUAUAAGCCACAAAAGACAUUGCUUCUGAAUAAGUGCUUUGGAAUAUUGGAAAAGACUUUGCUAAGUAAAGUGCCAGGUAAUACAGUAA